AGAAACAGACAAAAACAGUCCCAGAACAGAACUAGAUUAUAUAACACUCAGUCCAAUACGAUUCUCAAUCUCUCAUCCAAAAUUCAACAAAGAAUUUAGUCCAGAGGUAGCAGACUGUCUAAAGUUAUAUAGUGGGUAGCGGCUCUCCAGUUCUUCAGGACGAGAACAAAUUUUGGGUUUUCCAAGUCUCAAGCAUAGGAUAAAUGGCCUCCGAACCUGUCAAUGUGAAUGAGUUCCAAGAAUUGGCUAGGCAAGCCCUUCCAAAAAUGUACUAUGAUUUCUAUACUGGGGGAGCUGAGGACCAGCACACGCUAAAAGAGAAUGUUGCAGCAUUUCGCCGAAUCAUGUUGCGGCCUAGAGUUCUUGUAGAUGUUAGUAGAAUUGAUAUGUCAACUACUAUAUUGGGUUGCAAAAUCUCAGCACCUAUAAUGAUUGCUCCUACAGCUAUGCAUCAGUUAGCACACCCUGAAGGAGAGGUUGCCACUGCUAGAGCAGCAGCUGCGUGCAACACCAUAAUGAUUUUAUCGAACAUGUCUACCUGCACCGUGGAGGAGGUUGCUUCCAGCUGCAAUGCUGUUCGGUUCUUUCAAUUAUAUGUUCUCAAGAGACGAGAUAUAUCAGCUCAGAUAGUUCACAGAGUUGAAAAAAAUGGUUACAAGGCUAUUGUCUUAACUGUUGAUACUCCCAGACUUGGUCGAAGAGAGGCAGACAUAAAGAAUAGAAUGGUUGCACCUCAGUUGAGGAAUUUUGAAGGCCUUUUAUCAACUGAAGUAGACACUGAUGAAGGAUCAAACUUGGAAGCUUUGGCCGAAGGAAUCUUUGAUACUUCUUUGAGCUGGGAGGACAUAGGAUGGUUGAAAUCUAUUACAAACUUGCCAAUUCUAAUCAAGGGGGUACUCACUCAUGAGAAUGCAAGAAAGGCUGUGGAAGUAGGUGUUGCUGGGAUUGUCGUCUCUAAUCAUGGAGCCCGUCAAUUGGAUUAUACACCUGCCACUAUUUCUGUCCUGGAAGAGGUGGUUCAUGCUGUUGGAGGAAGAGUUCCUGUUCUUUUUGACGGAGGAGUACGGCGAGGAACAGAUGUCUUCAAGGCAUUAGCUCUUGGUGCACAAGCUGUCCUUGUUGGAAGGCCUGUUGUCUAUGGCCUUGCAGCAAACGGAGAACGUGGAGUGAGACGAGUCAUCGAAAUGCUGAAGGAUGAGUUUGAGCUCACUAUGGCCCUUUCUGGCUGCCCCCGUGUUAAGGAUAUUACCAGGAGCCAUGUGACCACAGAAUUUGAUAAGCUACGUUCGAUGCUUUAAUUUUCUUCUAGAAGCAUCAAAACAAUAUUCUGCAGAGAGAUGAAUGAGAACGACUGCACAUUGUUAUUCUUGUCUCUCAUAUUGUAAUUCAACUUUAUUAGUGAUCACAACGUUAACGUAUGUGAUAGUGUGAGUGAUAGCACUUUCAUGCUGAAGUUAAAUAGUCAUUGAGAAAUUAAAUAAAAUGAAUAUAUACAACCCAAUCCAGGUUUGCAUCUUUGUUGGCUGAAAUUUAAAAAAGAGAUCUUCUAUCUUUGUUGGCUGCAAGUUCUUGCAUCGUUUGUCUUCAGGUUUGCAUUCCAUCAACUUUUUAAGAAAUUAAUGACUUGCUAAUGGGUUGCUGAGCAAACUGUUGAAUCCUUUAAUUCCUUGCUCAAAUUGGUUCCUAGAACGAGUCAGUGAUAGGUUUAGAAGAUAAGUCUUUAAGAACAAUGGUUUUUGGCAUAUGAGAGUUUAUUUUCUCUUACUGAGCAAACUGUUUUAUUCUCUGUUUUAGAAACACUUGCUUUCGUCCCCCAACAAAAGCAAUCAAUUCAUCAACUGUUGUUGGGGUUACUCUAAAUUGUGUAAUGAUCUAUUGUUGUUAAUAUUUGUUUUUUAUUAUUUUUUGUUUUUAUGUUCAUAUGUUUUUGUACUAAUUUUGUGUAAUAUAUAUUCAUUUGGUGAUUUCAUGUUAGAGAUGUUAAAAACUGUGUUAGUAGCUAUUUGAUGUGGUUUGCUGCCAAUAUAUGAAUAUGAAUGAACGUGUAUGAGAUAGAGAGAAAGAGAGACCAACCUAAUGAUGUUGAUGACUGCUGGAGAGAGAGAAAAACACAGAAUAGUAUAUGUGAAAAGUUUUUUUUUUCAUUGAAAUUAUGAUUUGGUUAUGUGGUAGGAUUGAUUUUUGAUUGAAUUGAUGAACUGAAUAUGUGUUAUAUUAAAGAUUUGACUAUGGUUAUGAACCAGACAUGUUCAAGAUUUGGUUUUUUUUUUAAGCAAAUUUAUGAAUUUCGCAUGUAUUAUUUGUUAACCAAACUUCUGUAGUGUGCAUUGUCUUUAAUUUUUAUUUACUUUCAUGGCUGAAUGUUAAAUGACUUACUCUGUUUCAUAUAUUAGGAUUGCCCGUCUUAUCAUAUAGUUGUGAGCCAUGUCAAAUUUAAGUUUAUCCGUUUCCCUUUUUGUUUAAAUAAGGCAAUACUCACAUAGUUUUUCAUUGUUCAUAGCUUCUUUCCCUACUCAAUUUCUCUAUAUUAAGUGGUAGUUCAUUGUGUCGAAUUUGGAGACAGUUUCUUUUUCUCAUGGUUGUCUUGUCUUCAACUACAAUUCGAUUGCAAAAAAAGUAUAUUAGCUCAUCUUCUAAAAUAUGAUUAUUUUUCGAACAUAUUUUACAAAGCAAUUAGGUUCAUAUCCUUUUGUCCAAAAGACUACCCAAUAUGUUUGACUUUAAAGAUUCUAUCCUACAUUAAUUUUUGUAGUCCACUCAAGUGGUAUACGUAUACUUCAAUUCUUCCCAAUUCUAAUAUUUAGUUGCUGCAAAUUUCAGCUCAUAUUAAGAAACAUGGCUUUUUUGGGAAGAUGAGUGAAAUCUGGGAAAGAAUAGUGAACUAUGCUGCAAAUUCUACCCAUUUGUGCAUUUGAGAAAGAUGAGUGAAAUGUGGUUGCUAAAUAUAUAAAGAAUUUACGGAAAGGGUUUAAGAGAAGUGAAAAUACCUGCACAUGAGAAGAAAGAAGAAAAAAACACCUAUGCAGCCAAGCCAACAAAAGAAAAAUACCCUUCCUGAAGACAUCGAUGAAAAACCAAGAACCAGUGAA